AUUUAACAAACAUCAGAUAAGAAUGUAUGUUCAUUGAUUAGCAAAAUAGAUGCUAGUCCUGUUCUAUCGGUUUUGAUAAUCGUUAUUUCAACUAGUUGCAAUUGUACUGCCAAGUAGUGUUCAUGUUUUGUGUGUAGAAAAACGCUAAAACUGUGUGCAGGCACAUCCUUUCGCGAUGAGUAGACCCAACACAAACUGUUUUCAAGUCUUACCGAACAAUAGCAGAUGGCUAUCGACACAAGAUUCUGGAAUUUUUCCCAAACGUCACACUGACUACUAUGUAUUUAAUAUGGGAAGACAGGAAGUGUUAGUGGAAGGAUGGUGGGGAACAAAACUGGGAUGGACUGGGGUUUUGGAUGGAGUGAACCUGGCGCCUGGCAAUGGUUACAGAAUUGUAGUCAGUGAUAAACCAUAUUUUGUAACAGCUGUGAAAAUAACAAAUAAAACAACUGUAAGGGCUCUCAUGCAUUGUUCUGAGAUAAACGGUUAUCCUCUGCGGAGUCAAGGAACUGACAGUAUCAGACCAGAUAUAAGUUCCAUUGCAAAAUACUUUAUCCCUUUUGGGGUAGGAAAAAUUUCCGAAAUCAAUAUGGGCUUUAAAUCGCUGGAAAAUUUCUUUUGGCCCAAAGGAGGUGAAAGUGUUUGGGACAAAAUCGCUAAGCAGAUAGUUUUUUUACUAAAUGAAGCGACGCAAAAAAGAAUCAAACAAAUUCUAAGAGAAGAUAUUUUGCUUGUACAAGAAAAUUUGAGUCUACUCCAAUCGCAAAUAAACUCCUUCCAACCUUCCGUUGUAAAAGCUGAGUUUUUCAUUAAAAUGGCAGAACAACUCGUAUUCUUGGAAAAGAAGUUCUCUGAUUGCGGAGAUUCAGAUAUUGACCUUAACUUCCACUUGUUACCUUUAUACUCGGCAACAGUUAACUUUAAGGUUCUUUUAUAUACCAUUGCUUGUGAAAGACAUAGAGAGGUUGGACUAAAUGACGAACAGAUCGGAAGAAUUAUCCAGUUCUCCGAAAAACUGAUCAAUGAUCCCUAUCUUGGUUCAGUGGCUCAUAUAACGAAAACAUUUGAAGACAAAUUUCAUCUUGAAUAUAGAACUUGCGACCAGGAACUUAUUUAUAACAUCUUGGCAACUAUUCGCACUUGGUGUGGCAUUAACGGAGAAGAAUAUGUUCCAUUCUGGAGGAGCCUACUUGAUAAGAAAAAAAUUUUCUAUAAUGGCGUCAUUACCUAUUCUGCGUACUUUGGUACACCCAGUCCACAGUUGUAUUAUCAGCUAGUUACAGAUGACGUAUCACCACCACUACAGCCUAGAAUAAUUAAUGAAAAGAGGAACGUCAUGAAUGGUAUCUACGUAUACAUCUGGAGAACAACAACCAAUGAAGGGGCAGCAAAAAUAGGAGGACUCAAAAUAAUGUAUCAAAACGGUGACAGUGUGGAAACUGGAAAAGCUACCGGCGAAUCAAACUACGUGAAUCUUAAAAAAACCUUCUUAAAGAAAGUUAUCGUUUGGGGUGGAGAAGGAAUCAACUGCAUAGAGUUUUAUUUAUCAAACGGGAAUGUAGAGUGUUUUGGAACGAAGGAAGGGUCUCCAAAUAGUGCUAAAUUUAAAUUGUUGGGACACAAGAUUGUUGGAUUGUGUAUGAAAACUGACAUACCUGGAUCAAAUGGACAAGCAGUUAAUAUAUCAGUAGCUUAUCAGGUGCUUGAAAAACAUGAAUGUUAAUUGAACAGUAUUUUUAAUAAUUUGUAAUACAUUUUACAAUGUAAAUAUAUUUUUCAAAAUUUU